CUCUCUCUCCACAACUUCUUCUUCUCCAAGUAGCUAAAGCUUCUGGUUCUGGUGGUCAUCAAUGGCGGUUUUAGUUGUUUUUAUGCUCAUCCUGUCCAUGGCUGCUCAGUCAAGUGGGAAUUGGUGUGUGUGCAAGAAAGGCGGGCAAGACAAAGUGCUUCAAGAAGCAAUAGAUUAUGCGUGUGGAAAUGGAGCAGACUGCACCCAAACCCAUCAAGGUGGAAAAUGUUUUAACCCUGAUACAGUUAUAGACCACUGCAACUAUGCGGUAAAUAGCUAUUUCCAGAACAAGGGUCAGACCCCUGGUACCUGUGAUUUCAAGGGUGCAACCAUGGUCGUCACCACUGACCCCAGUUCCAAUGGGUGCACUUUUCCUUCUACAGCCAGUCGUACAACCGGGUCAACAUCGCCAACCACCAACACUGGCACAACAAGUUCACCAGGUUCCACCUCCACGUCCUCAUUCGGCAACAACCCAUCAAACAACGGGGGAAUGUUAGGUGGUGGAAUGGGAGGAGGGUUAGGGCCGUCGGCAUCGAGCAUGGACACAGAUGUUAGCCAUGGUGUAGGUCAAGAAACCAACAUUUUGGGUCUGUUGUUGGGCAUGGUUGGUGCAGGAGUAGUUGUUAUGCUUUAAUGGGUGUACCAUGUGAAGAGUUUUUCUUCUACUACUACUACUAUUCUAUUUAGGGAAGAGUUUUUGGGUUUUAUUAUGGUUUCCACUUCUCAAAAUUGGGAAAUUAUGGAGUUUUGUAUUCCUUUUUUGGUGGUGUCUCUUAUCCUCCCUAAUCUAUGUAGAAUAGAGGGUUGGUUGUUUAUUAUUAUUAUUAUUAAUUACUUGUUAUAUUUUCA